AUGCCCUCAACCCGCCCCCUUUUCUUUUUUCCCUUUCUUUCUCUUCCUUGAAAAACCCAGUCGACUCGCGAGGAGGAGAGAAUAAACACCUCACCACGCAAGCCCCUCCGGCCUUCGAUUUCAACGACAACAAUUAACAACGAGAGAUGCGGAGAUUCCCACUCCCGCCGGAGAGAUGAGAUGAGAUGAGAACAAGCCCUACCCGUGCCCAUCUCUCCUUGUCCUCCCAUGGAGAGGCCGCGGGCGCCGCCGGAGAGCUCCGACGCUCUAAUCUCCACUCUCUCCAACGUUAUCCAGGCCCUCGGCCGGGGCUUCGAUGUCACCUCCGACACCCGCCUCCUCUACUGCAAGGGCGCCCCGGGCUCCCGUCUCGUGCUGGUCGAUGACGGGCGCACCAGGGACGUCGUGAUCUCCGAGGACGGCGGCGUAGUCCUUCCCGAUGUCUCCCUGGAUAUCGAUAUUUUCAGGGAGCAGAGCCAGCGGGAGACCACCCCUGUUUGUAGCUUCCAGGAAAUGGCUGAAUAUUUUAAUGAGAAGUCAGGUUUAUCAGAAAAUGUACCUCUUGGCAGUUUCGAUUCUAUGUUCAGUUUUACUGGCUCUUGGAAAAUUGAUGCUGCAGCAACAAAAGCCCUUGCGGUGGAUGGUUAUUUUAUUCCUCUAUACAAAGUUGUUCUUAUGAAUGCUGAAUUGGUGUUGCGAGAAGAUGUCAGGCGUGCUGUUCCACAGAACUGGGAUCCAUCAUCCUUGGCUAGCUUUAUUGAGAAUUUCGGUACCCAUAUUAUUACAUCUGUGACUGUCGGAGGUAAAGAUGAAGUGUAUAUCAAACAGCACCAUUCAUCUCAGUUAUCAGCAUCUGACAUUGAAAAGUAUGUGAAAGACAUUGGGGACCAGAGAUUUCUAAACUUGGGUAACCAGUCCGAUGCUGCUCCCUACAAUUACAAGGACAAGGAUGUUACAAUAAUCUUUAGAAGAAGAGGUGGUGAUGAUCUUGUUCAAAAUCAUGCAGAGUGGAAGAACACUGUUCCUUCUGCACCAGAUGUUAUUAACAUGACAUUUUUACCCAUUGUUUUUCUUUUGAAUGAACUUCCUGGACUCCAGUAUUUGGCUCGCUCAGUUGAUCUAUAUUUGGAAUACAAGCCUCCUGUAGAGGAGCUGCGGUAUUUCUUGGAGUUUCAAAUGCAACGAAUUUGGGCUCCAUUGCCUUCAACUAUUCCUGGUCACCAGAGAAAGGAACCUGUAUGUCCUUCGCUUCAGUUUAGCUUAAUGGGCCCCAGGCUCUAUAUCAGCUUAGAGCAGGUUUCUGUUGGUCGGAAACCAGUCACUGGCCUCAGGUUGUGUCUAGAAGGAAGCAAGCAAAAUCGACUAGCCAUCCAUUUACAGCACCUUGCUUCCCUUCCAAAGAUUCUUGUGCCGCGCUGGGACUCUCAUGUGGCAAUUGGUCCACCAAAGUGGCAAGGCCCUGAAGAACAGGACAGCCGUUGGUUCGAACCAAUUAAGUGGAAGAACUUUGCCCAUGUCAGCACUGCACCAAUAGAGAGCACCGAAACUAAUAUUGGGGACCUUUCUGGUGUCUACAUUGUGACGGGGGCGCAGUUGGGGGUGUGGGAUUUUGGUGCCAAGAGUGUCUUACACCUCAAACUAUUAUUCUCCAGGGUUCCGGGGUGUACCAUAAGGAGAUCAGUGUGGGAUCACAGUCCAUUCAAGACUCUAGCGCCAUGUCCAGAUGAUACAUCUUUUUCAAGCGACAGGUCUAGUCAGAUCAGUAAACUUGCGAAGAUAGUUGACAUGACGGAGAUGUCAAAGGGACCAGAAGAUACACCGGGCCACUGGUUAGUUACCGGAGCAAAGUUAGGGGUCGAGAAGGGGAGGAUUGUUGUACGUGUAAAGUAUUCCUUAUUAAACUACUGAAUCUGAUAUUACUUGUUUUUCUCCAUGUUCACCAUCCCAUGGUGCAUUCUUUCCGAGCUAGCAAUUUGUUCUUUUGUUUCUACUGUACAUUCCUGGAUAUCAUUGUUAUUUAUCAUAGGGCUUUCCUCUGGGUUUUGUUAA